CCGCAAACCAUCAACACUCACAUAUCCAACAUGGCGAACAACAACAAUAACAAUCCCCGGCGAGAUUCGAGUCGACCAGAAGACAAUCCCUUCAUCGCCUUUCGCCGCUACGCCGACUCACAAGUCUCAUCGCUGCUCAACACCGUCUUCACGCUUCCCGCCCAGAUCGCCAACUACAACAACGCCCAUCACGCACGGGAACAGUGCCUGUUCGGUAAAGCAGAUCCUCAAAAGUGCGAGGAGCUGCAAGCUUUAGAUGCCCAUACAGAGAAGCUCCGUCAUGAGGGUACAGAAUCGUACCGUGCUGGUGAUGUCCAAGCGGUAUUGAGGAAGAGUGAACAGCUCAUGAUGUUGGAGCAGCAGGCUGGUGAACUAAGGAGAGCUAUACUGAGAGAUGAUGAAGACUCGAAUCAUAACGUCGAACAGCAGAAGCAGCUGGUGGAGAAAGUAGGCAAUAAGAAGGGGCAGCAAUGGUCAGACAGUUGGGACUGGCCAGAACCAACACGGGAAGAGGAUUCAGAUGACAAUGAGUUUGAAAGAUGGCUAGAGAGUCGUGCGAGGAGAGCUGGCAGCGAAAUCGAACGCAUGUUCACAAGACUAGAAGAAGACGCAAGUAAAGUCUUUGGUGAAGAGAUUGAAGAGCUGCGCAGGCACUGGGCCGCUCGGUACGACGACACAAAUCGACACGAAGACGCCCAACCUCGAGUAUGGUCACGGUCGUGGUCAUGGCAGUGGCCGCCGCCAGCAGACGCACCGAAGUCAGACGAGACGAAGAUAUUGGAAGAUCCAUACUCUCCAUCAGCACUGGAAGCAGACGAACGAACAAAACAUAUGGGAAGCUUGUGGCGCAAUGCGUUUGAAGAUCUCAUGCGUACGACACAGGAGCACCCAUUGCUGUCAGACGCGCAAAACACGGACUUUGACCAAAUGGGCCUCUAUGCCUUGCGAGACUAUCAAAAAGAACUGUUGCAGCUCGAACAGCAGAACAGAGAGCGACUACUUAUGGCACGUCAGGAGUCAGCACAAAAGCAAACACCUUUUCCACAGCAGGCUCACGAUACAAGUGACGAGCCGAGUUACGAGUAUGCGCACGACCACGAGGAUCAGCACGACGAUCCACCAACACCGAAACCUCAGCAGACCGAGUUCUCUAGGGGGCAACUUUCACCAUCAGAAGCGAGACAGAAUACAGAGACUGAGCUAGACGCUUAUGAGCGACUGCUCACACCGUCAUCCUCCCCUUCGACAUUAGGACUUGAGGGCAAUUCGACCAUACUCUCUACACUGACGACUACCGAGCGUACGACUGCACCUGACGGGACCGUUACUACAAAGCUCAUCCUGAAGAAGCGUUUCACAGACGGUAGCGAGCAGAGCUCUGAGACUGUUCACACACAGCGUGGCGACGAUGUUCACUAUACAGGGGAUCCAUGGAAGGUAAUGCAGAAUGCACACUCGCCGGAUAGUAUAAGCCAGAAAGGUCAGAAGAAGGGAGGGUGGUUUUGGUCUAACUGAGGCAAUUUUCGGAGCGAGUGAAGAUCGAGUAGGAACGACCUGCGGGCAAGGACAUUUUCGGUCUUUACAUUGGCGUCGUUGGUUUUCAGGCGUUGGAAAGCGACAUACCCCUCUCAAUUUGUUCAAUCAAUACACUCGUCUGGAGUUGCAAUUGUCUUCCGUCAAGGGAUAUAUAUUUCAGUCACGGGCGAACAAUCACUUCUCAAGCCUGUACAGUUAGUGCAGCAAACCUCGGACAUUUCCACUUCCCGAGGUAUAAGAUUCGAUGGGUUGAUUGAUCACUCAUCCCCUACCUUUCCAUCCUCCUCGAGCAGACAAUGGCUAGCCCUCUGCUUGCACUCACGUCAACACUCCGACUUAUUAUUUACGGCCGUCUUCUUCCUCACAAGGCCACCCUUUACAUCAUACCUGGUUCUGUCACCUCGCCAAAAAGGUUUCCAGACACGGCUACGGUACGCAGCCUGCGUCUUCUGUGCCGUAUCGUCAAGAACGAAG